GUAGAGCUCUGCUAAAAAGUGCACUUCUUUGGAUACUUUUGGUAGUGGUGUGAUUGCAGAACGAUGGCGGUUGAAGGUGCUUUGUGGAAUCAUGGAAAACAAACCAGCCGCAAAUCAGCCAUCUUUGGUCUAUUAAGUCUAAUCCUUGCUGGUUUAUUCACAAGGAGUAUAUCGCAGGAUUUCGAUGUUGAGACAGAAACGGGUAUGGGUAAAUGUUACAAUUCUUUCGGUGAAGCUCAGAGAUGUGUACCUCCGUUUGUGAAUGCAGCAUUUGAGCUGCCCGUCGAGGCCACAAACACUUGCGGACGCCCACCGGCUCGAUAUUGUCUUCAAACUGGAGUAACGGGCGUAACAAAAUCCUGUCAUAUUUGCAAUGCUACACAUCCAACACAAUCACACCCUCCAAAAUAUUUGACGGAUUUUCACGACGAAGAUGCUGUAACAUGGUGGCAAAGUGAAACGAUGUUGAAAGGGAUACAGUACCCGAACUCUGUCAACCUCACUCUUAACUUAGGAAAAUCUUUUGACAUCACAUUUGUCCGUCUUAAGUUCCACACAAGCCGACCGGAGUCAUUUGCGAUAUACAAACGAACAACCAGAGACUCCGAAUGGACGCCAUAUCAAUACUACAGCGGAAACUGUCGUACGAUGUACAACCUUCCAUUCAAGCAGAUUAUUACGCGAGCAAUGGAGGACAAGGCUAUUUGCACUGAUGAGUAUAGUAAUAUAUCCCCACUAACUGGGGGGAAUGUAGCAUUUAGUACCCUGGAAGGAAGGCCUAGCAGAACUCAUUUUGAUUCGAGUCCAGUUCUACAGGAAUGGGUUACAGCAACUGACAUCAGGAUUACUCUAAACCGCCUCAACACCUUUGGAGAUGAAGUGUUUAAUGCCCCUAAUGUCCUACGCUCUUACUAUUAUGCUAUCUCGGAUUUCUCUGUUGGUGCUAGAUGUAAGUGCAAUGGUCAUGCAAACCAAUGUAAAAUGAGCACUGCUGAGAAUGGUGACCAACGUAUGGUGUGCGUAUGUCGUCACAACACUGCUGGUGCAGAUUGUCAAGAAUGCAAGCCCUUUUACAACAACAAGCCUUGGGCACCGGCAUCUGCAGCUGACGCUCAUGAGUGUGAAAUAUGUAACUGUAAUGGCUUCUCAACAAGGUGUGUGUUUAAUCAAGAUCUGUAUGACAGGACUGGCAACGGUGGGUUCUGUGUAGAUUGUACCCAAAAUACUGCAGGUGCAAACUGUGAGAGGUGCAAGGAUAACUUUUAUAGGAAGUCACUCUCAGAGCCUUGCUUAGCAUGCAGCUGUGAUAUUGUUGUAUGUAACUGUAAUGGCUUCUCAACAAGGUGUGUGUUUAAUCAAGAUCUGUAUGACAGGACUGGCAACGGUGGGUUCUGUGUAGAUUGUACCCGAAAUACUGCAGGUGCAAACUGUGAGAGGUGCAAGGAAAACUUUUAUAGGAAGUCACUCUCAGAGCCUUGCUUAGCAUGCAGUUGUGAUAUUGUUGGGUCACUUAAUUUGCAGUGUGGUGUUAAUGGACAGUGUGUGUGCAAGCCAGGUGUGGGUGGUCAAAUGUGUGACCAGUGCUUGCCCAACUUCUAUGACUUUGGAAUCACAGGCUGCAGGAGUUGUAAUUGUCUUCCUGCUGGUAGCCUAAAUAAUCAAGCGAGUUGUAACAUUGCCACCGGUGACUGUACAUGUAAGCUGAAUGUUGAAGCUCGUAAUUGCGACAGAUGCAAGCCAGGUUUCUUCAACUUGCAAAGUGACGAUGAGUUUGGAUGUCUAGCCUGCUUCUGUCAUGGCCAUUCCUCUGAUUGUACUUCCAUUCCAGGCUACGAAGAUGACAAAAUAGAGAGCAGAUUCAGUGGAGGUAUGGCUUCUAUACUUGUAUUGAAUUAUGUAUGUAGAUGCAAGCCAGGUUUCUUCAACUUGCAAAGUGACGAUGAGUUUGGAUGUCUAGCCUGCUUCUGUCAUGGCCAUUCCUCUGAUUGUACUUCCAUUCCAGGCUACGAAGAUGACAAAAUAGAGAGCAGAUUCAGUGGAGGGCCUAGUGGUUGGACUGGAGUUGAUCGUGGUGGAAAUGAACAACCAAUCAAUUAUAAUGCUAUCCGUGGAAACAUUGGUCUUUACUCUGAUAACAACAAUCUUUUCUACUUUGAAGCCCCAUCUGAAUAUCUAGGAGACCAGAGAUAUUCCUAUGGCCAGUACUUGAGGUUUGAUCUCAGAGUUGACCAAGAUAAUGCACAACUAUCUGCUGAGGACUUAGUGAUUGAAGGAGCUGGCUUUAAAGUCACAGCACCAAUCACAGCCCAAGGCAACCAAGCACCCUCGCAACGUAGCACAACAUUCGUAUUUAGGUUGCAUGAGAGUCCGUCAUAUGAUUGGACUUCCAGAUUGGAUACCUUCAGUUUUCAGCGUAUGCUCUCCAACUUAACAAGCAUCAGGAUACGAGCAACCUACGGUGGUCAGGCGAACUCUGGCACGCUGGACAAUGUGCAAUUGGACACGGUUCGUCGAUCUGUCUUAAGCCCAGUAGAUUCAGCACAACAGGUUGAGCUUUGUAACUGUCCACAGGGCUAUGUUGGCCAGUCCUGUGAAUCGUGUACUGUUGGCUAUUACCGGGAUCCGCCUUAUGGUGGCCCAUUUGCCAUGUGUGUACCUUGUGAAUGCAACAACCAUGCAAUAGUGUGCAAUUCAGAUUCAGGUGUCUGUCGUUGUGAAGACAAUACUGAAGGAGACAGUUGCUCACGAUGUACCUCUGGUUACUAUGGUGAUGCUACAAGGGGCACUCGUGAUGAUUGUCAGCCUUGUCCUUGCCCUGGCCAAUCAGAAUGUGUGCAAGAUGCUCAGGGAGAGGUCAUCUGUGUCCGUUGUCCUGAAGGGUAUGUUGGUAACAGGUGUGAUUAUUGUGCAGAUGGCUACCAUGGAGAUCCAGCUGGUCGCUAUGGACCUCCAUCAGCUUGCAGUAGGUGUACUUGUAAUGGUAACAUUGAUCCCAAUGCUGUUGGCAAUUGCAACAGUACAACUGGUCAAUGUCUGAAAUGUAUCUACAACACAGCUGGAUUCUACUGUGAAUAUUGUGCAGAUAGCUACUAUGGAGAUGCUAGGGCUAAUCCUAAAGGACAAUGUCAAGCUUGCAACUGUAAUGUAUAUGGCUCUGAUUUCCUGACGUGUGAUCGAAACGGUAGAUGUUACUGCCAAGAUAAUGUGUACGGUGAUAAGUGUGACAAGUGCUACGAUGGCUAUUGGAACAUUGAAAGCGGUAAUGGAUGCGAGGCUUGCGGGUGCUCGCAGACCGGUUCAGUAACGUUUACAUGUGAUUUGUUAUCAGGCCAGUGUGACUGUCGUCCAGGUGUCACAGGUCGACAGUGUGAACGAUGUUUCUAUGAUCAUUACAGUUUCUCUACAGCAGGAUGUGAAGCUUGCAACUGCGACCCUCUUGGAUCAUUAUUCCAGAACUGUACGGAGCAAGGGGUCUGUCGAUGUAUUGAAGGUGUGAUUGGAGAUAAGUGCAAUGCUUGUGAAAUAAACAAGUACGAUAUCUCACAAGGCUGCAUCGAUUGUCCUGAAUGUUACAACUUGGUCGCUGAUAAGGUCGAUGAGCACAAGAUUGCCAUGGAAACACUGCGAAAACUAAUCCGUACCGUUGACCCUGCACAAGUUAACGAUAAAGAGUUUGAGAGGAGAUUGAGAGAGCUGGAUGAAGAAGUUGUUAAGGUUUUAGAACAAGCCAGACAGCUAGGUUCACCAGCCAACAUCUCUGGAGUGGAAGAAGCAAUAGCAAAGCUUCGUCAACAACUUGAGAAAAUUGAAGGAAAUACGAACCAAGCUGCUGCUGAUACUGCCAAUGGACAAGACGCAAUUGCCGACACUAAAGUGAUUCUGAACCGAGCAGAGGCCACUUUGAAUGCUGCUAAGAAGUACUUAGAAACUGAAGGCAAUAAGUUAUUACAGAAGCUUCGAGAAGCAAAUGAAAACAGUACAGCGCAUCAGCGUGAAAUGAGGGAGUUGUCUGUACGAGCGAGUGAAGCUGCUGAUAGCCUUGAGGCCAGUGCUAAUACCAUAGAGGGCAUUGCUAAUGAUGCGCUGGACACUUCGAAUGAGGCCCUAGCAGUGGUGGAAGGAAUUGAGGACCUUAGCUACAUUGAGCCUAAAGUCUGUCUUCAUCACGCUUCACAUCACACCACACUUCGCACAGCCAGAGCUGAGCGUAUUGAAGCUGAAGCCAAUGAAUUAGUUGAUAACAACCAAAUGUUGCUGGCUGAUGUGGAAGAGAAGUCACAAGAGGGAAGGAAACUACUUGAUGAUAAGAGGAAACUUCAACAGGAGACUGACAGACUGCUUGCAAUUGUAGACAGCCACAAAGCCGAGGCUGAACAGGCUAAGGAGGCUGCUGAUCAGGCUUUGGAAGAUGCUGUCAAGACAAGGGACACCUUAAGAAUGUUUGAUGAGCAAGUAGAAGCUAGUAAGAAACUAGCAGAGGAAGCUCUGCGUGAUCUGCCUGCAAUUGAGCUUACCAUUGAGGAUGCGAAUGAUACUGCAACAGAUGCUAAAGCCGCUGUUGAUGCUGCUAAGGAGGAUGCUGAAAAUGCCAGACAAAUAGCUGAUGAAGCUCUCGACAUUGCCAAGAUGGCUUCAGAUGGGGCCAAAGAAAUUAAAGACGAAGCCAACCAAACGUUUGUUCAGGCGGUUGAGCUUUCAAAUACAGCAGAUCAACUGGAGGAGGAUGUACAAGAGGUGAAAGAGCAACUUGCGAAUCUACAGGCUCAGGCCGAGUCAGAUGCACAACUUGCUGUUGACGCACUGAAUAAAGCUAACAGUGCAGAGAAAACUACAACAAUGGCUCAAGACAGCCUCGAAGAGGCACAGGAAGCUUUGCAGACACUACUGGACAACAUUGGUCAGCUUGAGGACUUGGAUUUUGAGCGCUUAAAAUCGUUAGAGAAUGACUUAAAUGGCCUCAAUCGAACACUUGUUCUGGAUCUUCAAUUAGAUGACAAAAUCCAAACAUUUGAAGCACGCAAUGCAGAGCAACAAGGCUGGCUGACGGGUUACUCGCAAGAUAUUUCACAACUAGAAGCUGACGUAUUGAACAUUGAAGCAAUUCGCGAUGCUCUGCCCAAGAAGUGCUUUGCUGUUUCAUCCAUCGAGGUUCGACCAGGCGGUGCCACUGGCCGUUAAUAGUCCAUUUUGUAACAGUUUUAUGUUCUGUAUUUACACUGUAAUGGAUGCAUUGUGGUAUAUGGCUUUUAAUACCAAUUACAUUUUAAAAAGUGUAAUUCCGUUUUUAAUUCCAGUAUUUGAUUGUAGUGCAGCUCAUGAAUCAUUUUGAUAAGUCUUUUAUAUUAUUUAGCAUUAUGUCAUGUUUAGGGGGAAAUGGGCCUUUAUAUAUUUUAAAACACAUCAGAAUCAUUAUUUUAUUAAUAAAAAAUGAAUGUGCAACUAUAUUCAUUGCAAUGACUAUAUUCAUUGGUGUAAAUAAUAAUUUUUGAAUGCUUCAAUGACAUUCUUCCAAUAUUCAAUCCAUGGUAAGAAUAAUUACAAAAAGCUAGUUGUGUCCACAGAAUCUUCAACAACAAAUACCCAAAAAAAAUAUUGCAAACAUAAGCAUUUUAGAAAGAAUUGCCAGAAAGAAGUCUAUAUCAUUUGGUCAUAGUUCAUUAUAGUAAUGUGAAACAAAAUUGCAGGAAAUUUGUAGUUUUCCUUUAUUUAGUGAUUUUUUUUAGAUAUAAUUAGCAUAAAUAAAAACAUUUUAUAUUUACAGAAUUGCUACAUUUUAAUGUAUGUUAUUUUGUAGACAGAUGGCAAUGUAUAACAACCACACAUUUUUAUAUUAGAUAAUUAAGUUUUCUUAAAAUGUAAAAAAUGUAAGUUUAUAGUCAUAAAUUCUGUGGAGUAAGUAAUAACUAUACAAUACAUACAGCAGUGGCACCAGAAAUUUGCUGACAAGGGGUCCGAGCCAAGGGGCUGAGGUAAUCUCGGUCAACGGCCUGGAAUAAAAACUCCCUUGAAGGGUUCACAGAGAAAGUUUUUAUGGCUUAAUUUGGUCCAAAAUGUGCUUUUAGACCACAAUAUUAGGGACUGGCAGUCAAAAUAAUGUUAUUUGGAUAGGCAAAUUAAAUUAUUUUUUAAAUUUUUGGAUCCGACGACCGAGUUGUGUGUCGGAUGAAAGAGGGGUCCAGGCUUGUCCACCGCGGGGGAAACACAACCACAACCGUGGGAUGAAUUAUGAAAUUUAUAUAGGAGCAUUGCUACAAGGUGCUAAAGUUAUUUUUCAAGUUAAACCCCUAUAAGAUCACAAUUUUGUUAUUGUGACUUCAGUUAGGGUGUAUAUUUUAAUAUUUAAUAUUGUAGGUUUUAGCAUACUGACAACAAUGUAGGUUGCUACGUCCCUGUUGGCAGUAUGCUACAUUCCUUUCCAUGGGGCCAGUUGGCAACAGCUGAGUAUUCAUCAGAUUCCUUGUGUAGUAUGCUACUCAUUUCUCGGAUAGUAUGCCACAUACUCAUGUGGUAGUAUGCUACAUUUAUUUGGUGGUACUGUAGUAUGAUACAUUCUUCAGGUAGUAUGCUACACUCUUAUAAUGUAGUAUUUUAACAUCCAGUUAGUUUUACUGACUUGAAUGAAAUAUUUUGGUGAGCAUGGUGCAGCAGCGUAAUAUCAGUGAUGUUGAUGAUUUGCUACCUAUUUAAGUAACCAGCAUCUGUAUUGUAUUUAGAUUUUACCUGGUAGUUCAUAAAGAGUUUAUAUUCAUUAGCCAUUGUAUUUUUAUAGAUGAUUCCUUUUCUUUAUAAUAUCAAAGAUUCUGUUUCAUAAAAAUUCAUUCACAUUUCAUAUUUUAUUUAUGGUUUUAAUGAUUUAGAACAAAUUUUACUUGCUUUUAAUGUAUUUUAAAUAUUAAUCAUUGAUGUUUUAUUUAUAUUCACCAUCAAAUUUGUGUGCAUUUAUUGUGCUCAAAAAUAUUAAUGUGGGCAAGUAUGCAAGUACAGUAAUUAUAGUUAUUGGCCCCUUGUAUUAUGUUCAGAAGCAGUUAACCCUAGCUAAGUGUCAUUUCUGAUAUUAGCUAUUUAACAGUAAGCAUUUAAUUUUUAUUUUGAUACAUAAAGCAAAUACUUAUUUCCUAAAUGAAAAGUUAACUUGCAUUCUUAACACAAUAAUAUGUUUUAAUCAUUGAAAUUUUUGAUUUAUCAUUUUUUAUCAAUGUAUGUAUCACCAACACAGAUGAACUUUCAUUAUAGUUUCUUAUCUUGUUUUUAAUAUUGUACUAUAUUUAACAAAUAAAGAUUUGUAUUAAGUUUUAGAAUUGAACUGAAUUGUAGUUUCUGUGAUUUAUGUCAGCACCAGGUGUAAAUUAUUUCUGUUGUAGUUCUUUUUCACAUUAUGAAAAGAAGGGGAGAAAAGAAACAAACAGAAGAAUAAAGGAAAAAGAAAUUAAUAACUAACAGAAA